AUGCUGGGCUUGGUGAGCAGAUUCCGGCUCGAAGCGCAUUGGGUGAGAUUAUCUGACCGUGUCCCGCUGCUAUGCUACGCAGCUCAAAUCGCUAUCCCUCAUACCACGGCUACUGCUGGUGCCCAAGACAGCCCCUUCUGCUCAGAAUCGCUUCAUCUACUACCCAAAUACUCUUCAACGUCUCCCAUCUAAUUUGCUCUCCCUGCCCAAGGCUCUCUUCUUGCCUUCUCUCAAAGGCAUCCUCAAAGGAGCUUGGCACGAUUUUCGCACUCCCUCAAGAUUCGCUCGUCCAAAAUCGGAAUCAGCGCUGGAGAAGGAGAGGCAACGUGCUCGAGAACAAGACGCAGAUGAGAGCAUUUCGACCUUUAUCGUCCGAAGAAUGGGAAAGAGCGGAGAAUUGUUGAGAGACAGACUAUUCUCGGCUGUGCUGCAUGGCAUCUAUGCUGGCAGUCCUCAUGUCUUGUCCGUCAGAUCUACACUAGGAGCGCUGUGGAAAGCCGAACAACGCCAUGGCUCACCCGUGAGAGCAGCUUUGCCCUCAUGGCUCAACAAAGGGAAGAGACGAUUGACUUCGCAAGAGAAGGCGGCGGAUGAAGCUGCUGCGAAAGAGGUGUCGCGAUAUGAGGAAGAGCUCGGAGAUGAGAUCGUUGGCCGCAUGAAGCCCAUCAGUGUCUACUCGCUGCCGGAGGGUGUUGGAGAAAUCACGCAGGCGAUCGUCGACGAGCUUGAACGAAUGCCGAAUGCGCACUUCGUCCUGAAUGCGCCAGUCACAGACAUCGUGGGGCGAGAAGGCCGCAGCCUGAAGGUACGUCUUGCGAACGCGAAUCGCUUGCUCGAAGCGAUUCUUACCUCUCUAUGCUUCCAUUUCGCCGUCAGCUUUCCACUCCAGACUCUACGUAUUCUGCGUCUCGCAUUGUCGCAGCACAGCCGUCAGCGUCGCUCGACCGAUCAAUUUCGACCUCCCUACCCUGGCUUUCACACAAUCCAGGCGCAAAUGUAGGAGUGGUCAACGUCAUCUUUCCAUCAUCAUUAGCAUCGCAUUUCCUUUCGGGCGCCAAAGCCAGACUUUUGCCAGUCGAAGGAUUCGGCUACCUGAUACCUACAGCGACCGAGAACGAGGAUGGCGUUCUAGGAGUGGUGUUCGACUCAGAUUCCCUACCAGAUCAAGACGUCGCGGCGCAUACGCCGACGGGUCAAACCCCCACAAAGCUUACAGUGAUGAUAGGUGGGCCUCACUGGACUUUUAAGAGGGAACACAACUUCCCAAAGGAGCAAGAACUGGUGGACAUCGCAAAGAGGGCCCUGCACUCCCAUUUGGGACUCUCCAAAGACCUUUUGGAAGAUCGCAGUGCCGUCUAUCGGGCCAAGUUGCAGCUCAAGUGCAUCCCCCACUACGCCGUCGGCCACAUAGCCAGGAUGCGAGACCUGGACGAUAAGCUUCGGGCGCACCCUGAAUUUGGAAAUGGCAGGCUGGUGCUGGCAGGAGCAAGCUACACGGGAGUCAGCCUGAACGACUGCGUGCUGCAUGCUAGAAGAUUGGCGGACCGCAUCAUCGCGGAGGAGCGCCUCGGGUCGGGUUCGGGCUCGAGCAGGAGCAUCACUGGGCUGGAGAGUUUUGUUGAGGAUAGAACAUUUGCUUUGCAGAGCGGUGCGAUCAAUUUGAAUGGUUGA